UCAUCUAUCAUCUAUCUAUCUAUCUAUCUAUCUAUCUAUCUUUCUAUUAUCUAUCAUCUAUCUAUCUAUCUAUCAUCUAUCUAUCUAUCAUCUAUCUAUCUUUCUAUUAUCUAUCAUCUAUCUAUCUAUCAUCUAUAUAUCUAUCUAUAUAUCAUCUAUGUAUCUAUCAUCUAUAUAUCUAUAUAUCAUUCAUCUAUCUAUCUAUCUAUCUAUCUAUCUAUCUAUCUAUCUAUCUAUCUAUCUACCUUGGUUUUCCUUCUGCAAUGCUGGGGUUUCAUUUAUCAGUUCCUCUCAUCUUUUUUCCUCUCUUGAGUCUCCACUUUUUCCUUCUGGAAAUUCCCAGGCGAUGAAGUCAGGUCCUCUUUUAUCACCUUUCAUCUGUCAUUAGCAGAAAUCUUUUAAAAUUUGACUACCGUAUGUCUAACCUUGUAUACCUAGAUUUCAGUUUGUAAUCUUGAAAAAGACUGCUUUUAUUAUCAAGCACAAAUUGAUUACAACUUGACAUUGUAAUCAAAGACAACAUGUCUAUCUCAGGAAUUCCUGAAGAAGGCAGUUCAGCAAGAAUUAAUCAUUUAGUGCUGAGGGCUGGAAGUCCAAGAUCAAGGAGGCAGACUGUGAAAAACUCCUAACUUCAUGAUUAAUACAGCGAGGGCGUUGAAUAGCAAAACGAAAACAUGUGUUUAGCCAAGUUCUGAUGUGUAACACCUGCUUAAUAAAUACUCAUUGAUAUAUAUGAACUGAGCGGAUAUUCCCAAGUCAAUCUAAUAAAGGACUGACUACAUAGAACUCUUCUUCUGAUACAAUUCACUACCUACCAGAUGUUUUUAAUAUUAUAACUGAAUAGGCCCAUCUUUAAUAUGGGUACUGGGGAUUUGAACUUGGGUUCUCUUGCUUUCAUUAACAAAUCCUCUCACCGAGCCAUCUCCCUACCCCCUACUUCUGCUCUCUUUAAUAAAGAAACUACUAGACUGAGCACAGUGCCACAUACCUGGAAUUCCAGAACUUAGAAGUUUCAGGCAAAGGCUCAUUACAAGUUCAAGACCAGCCUAGUCCACAUAGUGAGUUUCAGGCCAAGUAGGUUUACCUAGUGAGAACUUGCCUCAAAUGACAACAAUAACAAAAAAAAACGUAAAACAAGAAAAGAAAUUGUUCCUUGGUUUUAAAAGUCAUUGAGAGAGUUUGGCAUCUUUCAAUAGGUUGGUUGAAGAAUUUGGGGGUUUUGCUUAGCUGUCUUGGCUCAAUGUGUAAGUGCCUCUAGUAGGAUCCAGUAAGACUUUAGCUGAGGAAGUAAGUGAAGGCCGGCUGCUGAGGUGGGGUCUGCCAGUAUGAUUGGUACCCCACCUCCACCCUCUCCUUCCUUCAGAGUCUACACAAUAAGAGUCAAUGAGGCCAUUUAUGUCGGAAGUUAAAAUCCAUUUUUACUGACAUUAAUAUUAACUGGGGCAUUCUGUCUAGACCAGUUGUGUGCUACACAAGUCAUUCAGAGAAACAGGAAACAAACUGUGUAGCAAGCUUUCUUGUCGGGCUACCUUUGGACCAGCAGCCCGCACAUAAGGACUCAGAGACUUAUUAUUAAUUACGAAAACUUAGCCUUAGCUCAGGCAUUCCCCCAACAUAAUUAACCCAUUUUUGUUAAUUCUUUGUUCUGCCACAUGGCUCCGUUACCUCUUUUUAGUACAGCACACCCAACUCGCUCUGAGUCUGCUAGUAAAAUCGUGCACCUAGAUUCCUCCUCCCAGUUUCUCUCUCUCUGCCCGGAAGUCCAGCCUCUACCUCCUGCCUAGCUAUUGGUCCGUUAGCUUUAUUAUUAUUAUUAUUACACCAAUCACAGCAUCUUCACACAGUGUACAAAUAUCCCACGACAGAACUGAACUUCAGAAGUUAAGAAGCAUCAGCUAUCAGGAUCACUGAGCUUCCUGACUUCCUGGGCAUAGGUACUGGACAUGCAGGCAGGGUAUCUUCAGAAACAGCUGCUGGGUAGUGUGUCUCUAAAUGGGCUGCUGUCAAUCACCGAAGGAGGGGAUAAGUUUGAGCAGCUCAAAGAGCAGCAUUAGAAUAACACAAAUUUACAGAAGCAAAUAUGUAAGAAUUCAAACUCUUUCCUAAUCUUGCAUGUAUUUGGACAGCUGCCUAACAUUUUACACAGUGUACAUUCUGUGAACUUGAGCACUGAGCCCUGGAAUGGUUCCUGAGGUCUUUUUCCUUCCCCAAUCCUUUGGAAAUUGUCUCUCAUUAUUAAAAUGGAUCUGAGAUUUUUCUUUUAAUACGAAGAUUGCUUUUGUUAAAAAAUACAUGGAAGCCCUGCCUCUGAGCUUUUCUUCUUUUCAAUGUAAAAUUCUUCUCAUUUAGCUUGUAAAGAAAGAUAUUGAAGUAUUGCGCCUCCGGGAAUGUUGUCUCUCCUUAUCAUCAGUAAUGCCACAGGCUUCUUUCAAAUCAUGUAAUUUUAAAUUGAUUCGACUCGAUCAUUCCACUUAGAAUGUUUAAAACUACAAAUCAUCAUUGAUUUCUGAACCAAGCUGAAGGCAAGACCAGAACAGGAUAUUGCUCUACCGAGUGGAGUUCCUGAAGACCAUGUACUGAUUCAUGCAUGUACACGUUUUGCUCUUGUGGCCGUAUUAAAAGAUUGCACUCCCUUCCCAACUAUGAGAAGUCUGAUUACUUUUCAUAAAGUGAAAAGUGUAUUCUUGUAGCACUGUAUGGUUUUAAACAGGUGUUGGUAUACAACUUAUUUCCUCAGGCAAGUGGGUCUUUUCAAGUCUAGAUCUUAGCACAGAAAGCAUGGCUUAGCUCUCCCUCGAUUCUCACAAUACCCAGAUCCUGUUGCUGUUUCUGUUUGCUUUCUCCUGCUUGCCAGCUCUGGUGAAGCUCCCAUUACCCCUUCUGGUUGUAACUAUUUAUAGACCCAUUUAUCCCCCUUCAUUCAGUGAAGACUUUAGUGGCCAGCGCAAUGCUUCUGUCUGUAGACACAGUUGUUACUGAAGGUGAUUUUAAAAUCUGUGUAAUCAGUACUUCACCAAUACAAAUGUACCAAUUAGGAUUAGGUCCGGCUACAUUUAACAGAAAAGCAGUAGACCACAGUAGCCUAACAUGAUUGACAUUUAUUUUCCUCUCAUGAAAACAAAGAUGUCUGGAGGUAGACAUCUUUUAUGAGAUGAUUUGCUAGGUGCAUAGUUUUUGCCAUCCCACUGUUUCUACCUGCCUCGUGAUCCAAAGUGGUUGCUGGUGCGCUAGCCAUUCUAUGGGCAUCCUAUACACAAGGAGAGAGAAAUGGAGAAAGACUUAACAGUUCUACAUAACAUUUCCACCCAUCUAUGUACUGGGGAGGCUAAGAAAUACAUCUCUGUGUGAAAUACUGGAGAUGGACAGUAUCCCAAGUUUGAAGUCAAUGAUUUUUUAAGGAGGAGAGAAAUGGAUGUUAAGGUAGACCCCCCAGCACUCUCUGCCACCUUACUCUUCAGUUCUAUGAUUAUUUUGACAUUUUUUUAUCUGUAUAUGAGUGUCUCGCCUGCAGGUCUGGAUGUGCAUCAGAUGUCAGAUCCCUCCGAAGCCACCAUGUCGGUGCAGGGAACCAAACUUGGGUCCUCUUAAUCACCGAGCCAUCUCUCUAGGCUUCCCUAUGACUUUCUUACCCAGAUGGCUUUCCGGUCUACCUCGCCUCACCAAUCUACAGUCUUGAUAUUGUCGAGGAUACUGCGAGUGCUAAUGACUGGAGGGCCCAUGAAAUCUCAGUAGCAGGCAUCCUAAUCUCCCAAACCAGUUCUCCUCAGCUCACUAGGCUAUGCCUGUGCCCUGCAACAGCCUGCUUUGCCUUCACUUUUUAGUCUGCUGGUUUCAAAUCGCUAGUCCAGAGGUAUACUCCCAGCCUACCAUGCUCUCUCAACUGCUCUGUUGCCUCCUGGGCUAAAUAUCAUGAACUGAAUGCGUGCAAUUCACACAUUCACAGUUAAGAGAAAAUACCACUAUGAUAAGUUGGGCACCACAGAUAAGCAAGCCUUCUGCAGUACCUGCCAGUCACACCUCAGGCGUCUUUAUUUCACUACCUCCUGGGACAAUUAAAAAGAGGUUGCUUGGCAGAGUUGUAAGCGGAAUAUGAAACCAUCAGAAUGUGGCUCCGCUCUCUGCCGCGGCCAAGUAGUUGGCUGUGAUCUUGUUAAAGUGCAGAUUCUAAUUCCGUACCUAGGGCAUAAGACCUCGGAUUCGGCCUUUCUAAAGUAGUUGUGCUUCCAAAAUCGUCUAGACUAGAGGCUAGAGCAUGAGACCCUUGAGCCUCGCCCCUACGGCGACCCUGACCCCACCCUCUGCCCCGCCCCAAGAUGAAGGUGCGCACGCAACCACCACAGAGGCGGCCCUGGCGCCGGUGGCUAGAGCGGCAGGCGACUAGGGCUGGAGAGGGGGCGGGGCUGGCACGCAGGGGGCGGGACAAGAGGACCGGUGGGCGGGGCCGUGAACAGAGGCGGGUCCGCGCCGCGGGCCUUGUAGCCAUUUUAGGAGGAAACCCGGGUCGCCGGCUCGGGGCGCGGCUUCAAUUUCAACAACUUUAUUGGUCUCUCUGUACGCCGAACAGCCGGCGUGCGUGUGGCCCGGGGAUCCCGGAGCACAACGCCAGAGGUUGCCCCCAACUCGAGCCGCAGCCAUGGGAAACACCACCAGCGAGCGGGUGUCCGGGGAGCGCCACGGUGCCAAGGCUGCGCGAGCCGAGGGCGGCGGCCAUGGCCCGGGCAAGGAGCACAAGAUCAUGGUGGGGAGCACCGACGACCCCAGCGUCUUCAGCCUGCCCGACUCCAAGCUCCCUGGGGACAAAGAGUUUGUACCCUGGCAGCAGGACUUGGAUGAUUCUGUGAAGCCCACCCAGCAGGCCCGGCCCACCGUUAUCCGCUGGUCUGAAGGAGGCAAGGAGGUCUUCAUCUCUGGGUCUUUCAACAACUGGAGCACUAAGAUUCCACUGAUUAAGAGUCAUAAUGACUUUGUUGCCAUCCUGGAUCUUCCAGAGGGAGAACACCAGUACAAAUUCUUUGUGGAUGGACAGUGGGUUCAUGAUCCAUCAGAGCCUGUGGUUACCAGUCAGCUUGGCACAAUUAAUAAUUUGAUCCAUGUCAAGAAAUCUGACUUUGAAGUAUUUGAUGCUUUAAAGUUAGACUCCAUGGAGAGCUCUGAGACAUCCUGCCGAGACCUGUCCAGUUCACCGCCAGGGCCUUAUGGUCAAGAAAUGUAUGUGUUCCGAUCUGAGGAGAGAUUCAAAUCCCCACCCAUCCUGCCCCCUCAACUACUCCAAGUUAUUCUUAACAAAGACACUAAUAUUUCAUGUGACCCGGCCUUACUUCCUGAGCCCAACCAUGUUAUGCUAAACCAUCUCUAUGCGCUGUCCAUUAAGGUGAGUGGUGGCCCUGGUGUUGCACAGCCUCCUGACUGGAAGGGUAAGAGUCAUGCAUGUUCUCCAGUGGAACUGACAGUCAAAUAGAAGAGCUGUCUUUUUCUUCCCUCGCAGGCUACUGGAUUUUAACCCCAGUCUUUGCCUGUGUUCAGGCUAACUAAACUGUCAGUGAUGGGGACCUUUCUGCUUCCCAGUGUCUGUGAGCGGCUGGACCCUUUGUACCAUCUGUUUACUUAAGCUUGAGUUCAUACUAGUUGGAUCCUACGUGCUGAAAAUCAGGUCCUUCAAAAAAUGCUUGAAUGAGACAGUAAAACUUCUUAAAAUGUGGAAUCGAGCUAUGUUGAGAUAUCCUCUUGUGUCCCCAAGCAUUUCCAUCUCUUGGGUUGUAGGUAAGGAGGCAGUGUGACCAGAUGGUCUGUGUCUUUCCCACCCUGCCCUAGAGUUCUUAGUUUCUCUGUUGCCUUAAUGUCUCUGUGGCUUCACUGUUAGCAUAAAGGUAUGUAGUUCUCUGGCUGGCUAAGCUGAUCCUCGUGGGAACUACUUGGAGAAGUUGGUGGAAGUCAGAUUGAGAAGUCUCCUCCCAGAUAUUCUAAGUAAGUGUACCUAGGGUGACUCCCAGCUGUUUCUCUGGAAGCUGCUUAGAUUUCUUAGAUGUGCAGUGAGAACAGGGAGGUCACUGAUAGAGCUGACUUUAAUAGAUUAUGUAGGUGUAUACAAAAUUUAAUAUACUGAAUUUCAUUUUCCUAGUAACCUGGAGAAGUAAGUAUUAUUUUUAACCCCUGUUUUAUAGAUAAAGAAACUUAAGACUCAGAGAAGGUCAGAUUGCCAGUAAGUAUAAGAGGGCUGAGUUCCAGUCCUGCUAACCUCACCCCUGCUCUUUCCUGCCUGUCACCACGCAGGUCUUCUCACGGGUGCUUCUCUUUCACCUGCCCCCACAUCUGCAGCUCCUGUGGAGCAGAGUUCACCUGCCAGUGUCUUAGCACAGUCUAGAUGGAGUGUCAUUCUGGGACAUGGUCUUUGUGGGUAGUCCAGGGUGAAGGAAAAUAGCAGACUGCUAUCUUCUCUGUGUUGGACUUUUGGGGUUCUUUGAGAUCUGGUAGAAUUUUGUCUCCUGUGACUGCUCUGUGGCUGUCAGUUGGUGUCCCUUGUCACCUCUUCUGUGGUACAACCAUGCUCUUUUAUACAUCUUGGGUUUUGGUGCCUUUGCUCCCUUGUUCUGCUUAUGACACAGGUCAGUGCUGACUGUUUGGCCUGACUGGGUUCUCAGCUUGUUCCGCCAUGUAGAAUUGACCCACCAGAAUGGCUGUCUAAGGAAGCUUCCUGAACUUUAAGGAUAGUCAGGAACCCCCACGGUUCUCUCCAGGUCAGAGAGCACAUUACGAGUUUGUCCUUGGUGUCAAGUGGCAGUUGGACCUGCUUCAGGGCUUAGGGAUGAGUUCUGAGAAGGAUCAUUUCCCUUCCUUACUACAGUUAACAUUUCGUUCUGGAAAUGAUUGACAGCGCCCUUUUCCCUUGCUAGACUCAGGGCUAAUAUUGUAAUUUGAAAUGAGAAGGGGAGUAAAGUUGUAAAUGAGUGUUUCCUCGUGACCUUUUAUGUAUCAGAUCUUUGGUCUGAUCGUCUCUCGUGAUCCUCAGAACCACUUUACUGGUAGCUCUUGCCCUUUGAAGAAGUCUUAAAAGGGGCAGAGGGACAUAGAGACCAUCAUAUAGACAACUCAAGACUACCAGCCAAUACCACAACAGGAGUCUGGACUGGAACUGAGUUGGAUUUGACAGCAAAAGCAGCCUCUUUCUCUUAUUUCAGACUGUCUCUUGAAACGUGAAUGUAUUGGUUGGUGUUGUCAACACCCUGAGGUGCGAGUCUGAGCAUACCUGUGGGGAGUUAUGUUGAACACAUUAAUUGGGUAUACGAAGACCCUUCUUAAUGCGGGCAGGCCAUUCCCUGGGCAAGGUAAAUACGCUGAACACAAACCUGCAAUGUGAUCAGCUGCUUCAGCUUCCUGAUGCCGUGGCCUCCCUGGCAUAAGGACUAUAAUCCAGAACCUUGAGCCAAAAUAACCCUUCCCUCCAUCCAGUUGCUUUUAUUGGAGUACUUUAGCGAGACAGUGAGUGUCUGUGAAAGAUUGACAGCUGGGGAGAUCUGCAGCCACCCAGAUUAACCAGUUAGCUGUGUGUGCUUUUUCUCCCCUGCAGGACAGCGUGAUGGUUCUUAGUGCAACACAUCGCUACAAGAAGAAGUAUGUCACCACCUUGCUAUAUAAGCCCAUUUGAAGAGGACAUCUCUCCUUGCCUCCAAGGAUUCUGGAGCAACAUCUCCCUUGCCUUUGAACUGACCCAGUCUCCUCUGAGACUGGAAGGCUGAUUUGUGUUGAGGCUGAUACGUGUGUUUCAGAGCCUCUAAGUAGAGGGCUCUGCUUUUGCAUUUGAUUGCAGAUGAGAGCUUUAUGAGUUCAUGGAGUUUAUUUUAAGAAAAACAAAACCACAUAUAUGCAUAUGAGAAGAAGGUUACUGGGAGCCUCCUAGCCCAGCUGUUUAGGUUCUCUCUGCCUGUGGGUAGUUGCCAGGGCCUGAGUGGGAAGCUGUGGCCGCAGGAAUGAGUGUACCGGAAGCUUCUUUUCCUAAAGUGAAAGAAUAGCAAACUCUUAGGAUCCUUGUCAGGCAGAGGUUCUGAAGCUGUACCCUGGUGUCAAAGGGUCAGCUGUGUGCCAGGCUGCAGCCCUCCUUACAGCUGCCUCAUUGCAGGUGGCUUUCCUUGCAUGGAUUGAUUCUGUAUUCCCACAGUAUGUGACGCAGUCUACUGUGGUUUUUAUAUGACACUAGAUGCCCCACAAGAACGCUCCUCAUUUUAUGUAUUCUGUGUAGUAGUUUCCCUCAGAUCUCAUACAUGACCCUUUGGAAAGUUGUAUGGGAUUAGACUCACCUCGGAGACUGGAGGUGCCAGGGCCUCCUUUUUAGCCCAGCACGGGCCAAACCCAGUAUGUUAGAGCUUACUUUAACGUCUAAAGAAAAGCCAUGGUUCAGAAUCAAGACAGAUGCAGCUCUUCAGUGUGGUCCUAUGUAAUGACUGCAUGGCACGUGCUCACAGGGCUUCUCCCGGGCCUGGGCCUGUUUCCAGCUGCUCUUUAUCACAGCAGAUGGUUUGUAAUAUAGAAUUAGGGAGCCUCCCAUAUCUUUUAUCCCUGAAAGAGUUUUAUAUGCCUACGUUUUUCUUUAAUAAUAUAAAGAAGCAUAUCCAUCAGUGUUAAUGUCGAUUAAAGAAGCUCAGGCUUUUGAGAAAUGGUUCUUAAGAUUUUCUUCUCCAGUAUAGGGAAUUCUACAGUCCUGGGUCAAUAUGACCAGACAUGUGUACCUCAUUACCCAAGCACUACUUUGGACCUGAGUUCGUUCCUGCAGGCUCAUCAGACGCACAUACUAGAUGUCCCUAGCUUUAAAGAUGUGCAAGGUGAGGAACUACCCCUGGUAUUCAUAACCAUGCUCAGUGUUGUUCUUUGCACCAAGUUUUAACGAGAUGUUUUUUCUUUUGCCUCUUUCAAAUGUGUUUGACGAUGGAGUGGGUCAUUGAUUAUCAUGGACUGAAAAGUACUCAACCCACUCAGGUUUCAAAGAAAAUACUUUCUCCCAGUAUCUUGACACUUCCCGUUUUGCAGAUAAAUGCAAGUCAAGCAUUAAACGUUUAUGGUUGAGAGACUUCAUGUUUGCUGAGAUGAGCCAGCCACACUGAGGGAUCUGCAGGUCAGUUUAGCUACCUCCUGACUUUCCCACCCGUUGACACAGACGUCCUCUUUGGAUUCUGAGACCUCCUUGAUCACAAGUGUGAAGCUGGAAAUGGGAUGUUUCACAGGGGGAAUACAGAUUGGUAAAUGCCUUGAUAGGUAAUUUGGUGGGGUAAGUACUGCUCCCUCCACCCUGAGCCACUUCUCCCUCCUCUCUUGUGGAGAAUAUGUACUGUCAGCCAACUUUCUGGAUGGUGUGCCCUUUUGGAAACUAAGGUCUAAUCCUAUCAUAACCAACUCGGAGGCUCUGCGGUUCCACUGGAAAGCUUUUUGUUGUGUUUGCCAGUGCCCAUCUAGAAGUGGGCCAUGGAGGAGGAUUCGAUCUCGGUUGUACGCAGUGGCUUCUCUCGUAUCUGUCCUUGUUAACGUACGAGCUGGAAUCCUCUGUUCGUGGAUUAAAUUUUACUCCACACGGGUGUAGCAGUAGAAGGGUUGGGAAGCUGUCUCCAGUCGCAGGCUGAGACUGUCUUAUCAGGUGUGGCUGUGGUGACAGGGUUUUGGUGCUGGUGACCUUCAUGUCCUUCUUGCUUCUCAUCUGGAAACCAUAGCCCCUUCUCAAGUUUGCUGGUCUCCUCCCUGGGGAGCUCUGUCAUUGUCACCAGGACAGAGGAGGUCACUGCUUUUCUAUUAGUUACCUUAAAGGACAGUUUUAUAAAGUCAAAAGGUUAGUAAGGUUAGUAGAAUUUGGAAAUAAGGCAAAAACAUUUUAGUCUUCUUAAAUUUCCUUUUUCUCUUCACCUAUGGGAACUUUCAGUCAGAGUUGGUAAAGCAGCCCCGAAGAAGGGCCGCCUACCUCUUAUCCAGCCGUGAUGCCGUUUGAGGGUUAUGAGGAAACGGAAGUGAUGAACGAGCUGAGGAGUGGUACCGGGAGGCUGAAGGGUCAAGUAACUUGGAACUGAAAAUAUCCUCUUUAAAAGCGAAAAAAAUUAAAGCUGGGCACAGCCUGGAUCCUUGGAUUUCAUUGUACGGACACCUUAGCAGCCUGUAAAAUGUCUUCUCUCAGCCUCUUGUUGGGUUUGUCCUCUGCCUUUCCUCUGCAUUCUGUUUGAUGUCGUUGGUCAGUAAGACAAGUUCACCAGGGUCUCAAGUCAAAUGCUACCCAAAAAACAGGUUGUGGCUUUGUCUGAGUGAAGAACUUUCAUACAAUAGCUGUUAAUCCACUUCCUGUCAACCUAGACUGGAGUGGGGUUUAUCCACUGUAGGCAGCACUCCCACAGGGCACAUCCAGCUUCGAGAGCACUGGCCUCUCAAGUAUGAAGUACAAAGGAGAACCUCAUCCACUCCUAUUGGCUUUGGUUUCUUGUUGAUCUAAUGGAUCUUCCAUAAAUCUUCUGAAAGGUGUCAGUAUUCUAUGCAUGCUGCUGAAGGGAAGGGAAGGGAAAAUGGGGGAACAGGGCUUUAAAUGUUUGACCUCAAAACAAUAUGCAACAUGUCCCUAUGCGUGUGAGUGAGUGUGUGAUAGCCACUCUUCUAGAGAUACUUUUGUCCUCGUGUUCUUGUGAUUUGGGGCUUAAGAAAGCAGAUAAGUAUUUUGUUCCUGUAUUAUGACUCAUGCUCAAAGCCAAGUUCUCGCCAUCUUCUGUCGGACUGCAGGCUCCAGUGACUCUGAAGAGGAGACUUGGCGGGAGUGAGGAUCUCCAGAACUCUCUGGUCUAGGCAUUUUUCUAUCCUUUAGUGACCGUCACAGCUGGAGACUAAGGACUGAUUUCUGCAGUGAACUUAGGAAGUGUUUGGGAUAAAAAGCCCAAUCUUUUUUUCAAUCAUAGGGAAGAAGAAAAAGUCUCAAGUCGGCUACUUGUAGGAUGUGCUCCCUCUUGGAGCCUGAGCUGGACUUUGUCUCCACUUGUGAUUCUCACUAGUGUUUUGAAGUAAGCAAGCUUCACUAAAAGUAAAACACUGAGUAGUUCCAACAGAAUUGUGUGUGGCACAGUACUUUUUCAUUACAAUUGGUGUGAAAUACUAAAUAUUAGGUAUUUGUGGGUGUCAGAUUAUACAGUCAGGACACAGGAAGAGUUGUAUCAGGUGUUGGCCAUCAUCUGUUCCCCUCGGUAGAAUGCCUUCUGCAGCUAUCAUUCUAGGCCAGCCCGAUACCAGUGUUAAUUCGUCCUAAGUUCUGUACCAGGUGGUCUGUCUGAGACUGAAUUCGGCGGGUGUUGGUGGUUUCCACUCUAGCACUUUGUUGUGCAGCGGGGGUGAGGAUGCGAAGACGGUUCCAUACGCAUGGGGCUCUUCACUGGCGCUGUCUGUGGUCUUUGAUGCUGACUGCAAAACUGCUUCAGUUCGUUCUCAACUGGACAGUGACCUGCCUGAAAACUGUAUAAUGGGACAUGAAAAUGAGGGUUUGUUUUGUCCAAUAAACUGUCUAAUAAAAGCAUUAUACAGCAA